AUCUCAUCACAUCUCAAACCCAAGUUCUCUCUAGAUGACUGAAUGGGAGGUCUUUUCUUAGAGCUUUGCCGUUGCCUGCCACAACCCCUCGCGCUGCAGUAAGCUCCCAAGAGCGUAUCCAUGUCAUCCACGCAGAGGUCAGGCAGGACUGCUCCCAGUCUCGUACGAGCUCUUUGCGACUACGAUCCUGUCCACCCCCCAGCUUCUGGCCGUAACCUCCUCUCCCAAGCUCCGCCCGUCUUUCCUGAUUACUAUACUGGGCCACCGGAGUACAUCUCUCCUGCCGCAUGCCCUCAUAACUAUGUGAUCAAGUCGAAGCAAACCCUUGUGCCAGAGCCGGAGAGGAGGAGUAGCGCCAACCCUCCCAAAGUAUCUGCUAUAUGCCGCAAGUGCCGAUACCAUCUGCAACUCGUCGUGCACUCCACGCCUACAAUCGGCCAACAUAGCCAAAAUUCGCCAAACCAUUUGCAUCACCUGGUAUAUAAGUCGACGGGGCAAGAUGUGACACCGAAGGGACAGACUGUAGAGACGUAUGAGUUCGAAUGCUCCUACCUCACGUGUCCUACCGUGGUGUCGGUUCGACUGGUCUCCCCUGUACUCUCGCAAGGAUUGGUACAGCUAUUGACGGAUCCUCAGCUCAUUCAGCAGCGAGCAGAGGAGGCCUUUGCGGCAGAACCAGAACGUCUAGAAGGCCUCGGCGUGCCACAGCCGAUCACUAUUCUCGAGACCCUCGGCGCAUACCUUAAUAAUUCUUUGAAUGCAGCUGACAAGGGCAAAUCUAUCUCGGCCAACAACAAGAGAUUUAUAACUUCCUUUGGUCUCGAUGGUGUGCCUUGCAAAGAUUUGCUGGAAUUCCUGGGAUUCACUGUCAAGAAUGAAGGAUUCUGGGAACCCCCGCGGACCAGUCCAUGGACGGAACAUCCAUACCGGGACCAGCUCAAGAUUUUCCUCGACGAUGUCUUGCACGAGCUCACCGCACUGAUAGAGCAGCGACCUGUGAUGGAAAGAAAGGGUCAUCAGGUGGAGAACCAAAGCGAUCCAGCCAUAUUUGACUUGCUUCGUGCAUUGGAUGCGGCUGACUACCCUAAUGCAAGCCGGUCGAAAGGAUUCCAACUUGCUCCUGCACCUUAUUAUGAGGAUCUGGGCACUGUUGACGAUAUGUCAUCCGCUACAAUCAUUGAAGCUUUCCACCGGCAGGUUGCAGUCGACCCCGCACGGUCGCCUUUAUACCUGAAAUGCCUCAAAGAGAUCGGACAGCUAAGGGGCGGUGACGAUGCCGCUGUAAUCGAACAAGCGGUCAUUAAAGCAUACGCCGAAGGCCGAUUCACCGAGGACGAUGUUGCCGAUGCUUAUGAAUACUUCGGUUUGGCUCAUGACAACCCUCGGCUCACGGAAGAUAGUAUCAUUGGGACGUUCAACGCGUACCUGAGCUCCACAACCUCGGCCCAGGAAGCAGAGUCUCGCAGACAGAUGCGCAUAAUAGGCGAGAGCAGACGUAGUGACCGCAUCAAAUCCGUGGCGGAUGAUAGCGUAUCGACUGUGGAACAGGCCCAGGACUAUUUAGGUGUCACCAGUGAAACUGCCGACGACUUCAUAAUCUCCUUGUUCACUGCCAAGGUUGAGGAUGCUCCGUCAAACAGAGAUCUUGCGCGGCGAGCUCUUGAGCUUAUUGCCGAGGCGCGGAAGUCCGAUGCUUUGAAGCACUUUCUCAAGACUGGUGAGAUGACGGCCAGUGAGAUGGAUAUUGGGGAUGCGUAUCGUCUCUUGCGCAUUGACAAUCGCACUGUCGACGAUGAUUUGAUCGAGGCGGCGUAUACGUGCUGUGUGGUAGAAGACCCCAGCAAGGUGGAAAUGUACAACCAGGCCUUGCAGAUCAUUGGGAAGCAUAAAAACAGCAGCUUUCUGUCGAACAAGGCCACUGGAAUGGGCACUGGCUCGGACCGUAACUUGUCAGAGUGGCCGGUCGGGCUGCAGAACAUUGGCAACACCUGCUACCUGAACAGCUUGUUGCAGUUCUACUUCUCUGUUCGUGGGUAUCGCGACUUGAUCCUGCACUUCGAGGAUUUCAGCAUGGACCUAAGCGAUGAGAACCUGAGCCGAAAGAAAGUAGGAUCCCGCAAAGUUUCACGGAAGGAGGUCGAGCGCUCUCAGCAAUUCGUGAAAGAGUUGCGGACCUUGUUUUCGGAAAUGAUCACGUCUCCGUUUCCUUACGUCACACCAAGUCAAGAGCUCGCGCGGUUGACUCUCAUUGGAACAUCAAAUGAAGAAGCCAUUCGUCGCCGCUCUACUAUUUCGACUUACAGGCCCGCAGCAGCCCUGGGCGAACUCGAGGGAAUGCCCAUUUUGGGCCCUCUUGGACCUCCGCAGCCCACGCAGGAAGAACAGUCCUCUAACGCAGCCGCCACUGAUGUCCCACCUGAACAAACGACUGCGAAAGAGACGCAGCAACCUCAUAAUGACGACAAGGAAAAUGAACCUCCUGUUGACACCACGAUGGAGGACGGACAGAAAGUGACCCCGGAGCCCUCGAGCGGUCUUGUUCCUGCAGAGCAACCCGUGAUUGCUAGCCAACCACCACCAGUACCCCCGCGACCUACCCCGGUCAUCGAUCCCCAGAGACUACUACAAGAAGAAUUGGAGAUUGGGGCCCAGCAGGAUGUGACGGAAGUGAUCAAUAAUGUGCUGUUCCAGAGCCAAUGCGCGAUUCGACCUGUUGCACACUCUUCCGAUGGCGAACAGAUUGACCAAGUGAAGGACUUGUUCUACGGCAAAACUAUAUAUUAUCUCAAGUCCGAGCAGGGCGUUCGUCCGAUGGAAGAAUGGUGGUGCGACAUCAAAGUCGAUGUGGCAUCAGGUCCACGCAACAUCUAUGCAGCGCUUGACGGAGCGUUCGAUGUGCAGAAAGUCAAUGUUGACAAUACCAUCGCCGAGCGAUUUGGUACUAUUAGCAAGCUACCCCCAGUGCUCCAAAUCCAGGUCCAGCGCGUCCAGUUUGACCCCCAAACGAAACGCUCCUUCAAGUCAACCCAUCAUCUCGGAUUGGAGGAAACCAUAUACCUGGACCGUUACAUGGAUACUAAGUCGCCUGAAAUCAUGGCAAAACGGCAGCAGAGUUGGGAAUGGAAAGCCGCACUGAAGGGUCUCGAAGCUCGGCAGUCAGAUUUGUCACACGGUACCGAAGAUAGCAAGGUCGAUGUAGCGGGGUUGCUCGACGAAGCCAGCAGGAUUCUUUCCGAUCUCGAGAGUAUUGCAGAAGAGACAAAUUUCGUCGAGGAUGCGGGGCCGUCGGCCAAUGUAGAGGCUAUGAAUCCCGCAGAUCGUCUCGAGGACGCAGACUCCGCCGACCACUUGUUUGAUGUGGAUACCAGAAAGCUUUGCGCGGAGGUCGAUCGGCUCUCUCAACUAGCCCGUGCUGAGUUGACGCAUGUCCAGGACGAGAUCAAGAAGACUCGAGCCCUGAUAGCCGACCAGUUUAUUGAAAACAAAGAUGAGGCAUACAGGUUGUACGCCGUGUUCAUUCAUCAGGGCUCUGUUGAGUUCGGCCAUUACUACAUCUACAUCUUCGACUUUGAUCGCGAUGUGUGGCGCAAGUACAAUGACCAGGAGGUGAGCGAGGUGCAUAAUGUGGAUGAAAUUUUUCGAGACCAGGGCCAGUCCAACCCUCCCACGCCGUACUUCCUCGUCUAUGUCAACGACCGGAUGAAGCAUGAUCUGGUCAAUCCCGUGCGCAGGGAAUUACUCGAGAUGGCGCCGGAGAAUGGCUUUACUGCCAUGGGAGAAGUCACGAAUAAGGUCCCAUCGACCGAAGAUGUGGAUAUGAACCCGCCGUCAUAUGAUACGAUUUGGGCCGACCAAAGCAUAUCAGGUACGGGCGCCGACCACCCCAUGAAGGAGGAGAAGGAUUCCAUCGAAGCAGGUUACAGCACUCAUCCUGACUUACGUGACGUGGCGUGGUAGACUCCGGGGAUCCAGCGCCAGGGCGACAAUCCACGCCUAAUCCCUUGAAGCGCAAGGGUUUAGAUGAUACGAUGAGCGGAAGGGUUGAAGGGCGUUUUGAGUAACGCGAAGGACACAGCUUGUCAAUAUGGAUUGCAUUGUGUUUUUUUCCCUUCGUGGGGCAAAGUGAGGAACCGUCUUGCCAGAGCUAGACAGUUUGAUUUUAUCAGUGGGUGGAUGGGUGCUUCCGUCUGCUGCAAUGUUUGUUAUUCUGCGUGGCACUUUCGAUGACAUAGUGAAAUGCUGCCAUGCAGAGGGUGAUUGUUUGUGUUCAGUACGAUAUUCUUUGCACAUGCAUCUGGUGGAUUAUUAUGUAUGCUUUACUGUAAAUAGUUAGUGCGGUUCAGCGUCACGACUGGUUGAUGAUGGGGACGAUGUAUACACCCAACACACAUGGAC